UGCUGUCUCUCGCCCUCUCUAUUAUCAUCAUAUCUUUUCAGAAAAGGGGCUCAGUUCAACGUCCCAAUCAAACCCACCAAGCACCAAACCAACAAGAAAAAAAAAAAAAAAAAAGAUCUCAAAAAUAAAAUAAAAAAUGUCAUCAGAAAACCCCGCAUCCAAAAUCAAGGUCCAAACAACCCUCCCGCGCCACCCGUUCCCGCCCAACGCGGCGCGCGCCCCGAUCAGAACAGAACGCCUCAUCAUCCGGGCCCUAACGCAAGACGACCUCCCGGCGCUCCACGCGCUGCGCACGCAGCCCGAAGUAAUGGCGUGCACGGCGCUAGGCAGGGUCGACGCGGACGUGUCCGAGACGCAGGCGAAGCUGGACCCGUUCCUGGCCCCCGGCGACGCGGACACGUAUAACCCGGGGAUCUGCCUCGCGUCCACGGGGGAGCUGAUCGGGCUCGGGGGCGUCUUCCGGCCGACGUCGGAGGUGCUGGGAUGGCCUGAGGUCGGAUAUAUGAUCCGCAAGGAGCACUGGGGCAAGGGGUAUGCGACGGAGUUUCUGAGGGCGUAUGUGAAGGAUUGGUGGGGCCUGCCGAGAGAGGAGGGGGAGGUGGUUGUUGAUGGGGAUUCUCUUUUGAAGGAUGUUGUGGGAGAGGGGGGGAGGGUGAGGGAGAUGCUGGGCGCUAUUGUGGAGGAGGGGAAUAUCGGCAGCACGAGGGUCAUGGAGAAAUCUGGGUUUAAGAAGUUCAAGGCUUGGACUGUGAAGUCCAGGAGAGCGGGACAUGAGGGCGAGGACGUCACGCUUGUGGGCUUUGUGAAUGCUGGGCCGGAGGAGAGUGCUUGAGGCUGCGUCUAGUAUGUAACUUUUGACUUUUGAAGAUUGGUGUGCUCAUGUAACACAUCUCGAUCUUACAUGAAGAGGAAGAGAGUGAGCAGGCGAGCGGUUAAGUUGUCAUGGUAGUUACGGUUUGCGAAAAGCCACCUGGAUACGAUUAACAAGGUCUGAAAGACAUGAUGGGUACAGAUGCAAUUGAGAGAUAAAAUAGCAUAGGUCUUCGCUACAUGUGAUCGCCAAGCUGGAUCCGAAUGUGGUAGAUGACUUGACGUUCGUUCUAGCUACUACUCAACCCGUGUUUUGGAGUUUGUCAAGGCAUGUGAA